ACUGCAUACUGCCAAACUUUGUCCUCUUUGGGCACAACAGCCUCCUCUCCUUCAUGUAACCUUCGGUUCUCUCUCUCCCUUCCGGUACGACAUUACAUAACUCUCAGUCUCUCGCGCUUUUCUGGAAACAAAUACCUGAUCCCCUCCUUUAGCUUUACCCAGGAAUCAUUCCAAUUACCACUACACCAACAUCCUUUUUAGCAACCAUUCUUCCUUAAGUCCUACCCUAACCACACACACACUCUCUCUCUCUCUAUAAUAAUGGAAACCACUCACCGUUCUAGCUUUCAUCUGUCACUGCCCAGGUUGCUGUCUUCUCGGUCUUCCCUUUCCAGCAACACCCCCACUUAUCUCAGGCAAUCUUUCUUUCCCUGCAUGAUAUAAUAAAUAUAUAUAAUAUCCUUUUCAUUUUUCUAAUUAAUAUCACUCUCAAAUCAAAUCAAAUAUCAAAUAUAUAUUAUAAAAAGAAAACCCUAGCCUAUUCCCUGGAAGAACAACAAGUUUUCACUAGCAAAGUAGCAAAGUCAAACCAAUCUCAUCAGGCUCAGCAAGAUCUAAAGCAGAUCCAAGGGUUUAAAAGAGGAUCAUAUCAGAUCCAUGGAUUUGGUUUCGGAAUCAACAAACGCUGUUUCAAACCCCAGCAGCAGGUACAAGAUGGAGACGCCACCCACCCCAACCACGAAUCCAACGACGGCGGCGGUGUCGUCUCCGUCUUCGGGAAGCAACAAUAGCGGGAGCACUACUACUCCGAGCCGCUACGAGAACCAAAAGCGAAGGGACUGGAACACCUUCUGCCAGUACUUGAGGAACCACCGUCCCCCACUCUCCUUGUCCCUUUGCAGCGGCGCGCACGUGCUGGAAUUCCUCCACUACCUCGACCAGUUCGGGAAGACUAAGGUUCACAACCACCCAUGCCCGUUCUUCGGUCUCCCCAACCCACCUGCCCCGUGUCCCUGCCCGCUCCGACAGGCCUGGGGCAGCCUCGACGCCCUCAUCGGCCGCCUCCGCGCGGCCUACGAGGAGAACGGCGGCCGCCCGGAGACCAAUCCAUUCGGCGCACGCGCCGUCAGGACUUACCUGCGCGAUGUUCGCGAUUUUCAGGCAAAGGCGAGAGGUGUUAGCUAUGAGAAGAAGAGGAAGAGGCCAAAGCCCAAGGUCACUCAUCCCACUCCUACUUAAUUAGCUACCAAUGUUUCACCACAGGUGCUUUCGUUGUCUCUACGAAGACGUGCUGAGAUGAUGCCCUUGAAAUUGUUCUCGCUUCUUGAGUCCGGGGGAAGUUGAUAGUGGAAAUUAAGUGCCACCACCCUCUCUGCCUUCAACUACUACUAGAAGAUAUCUUAUCAUAUUUGUACUCUAAUUAAUAUAUUAAUAUAUAUCAUGUUCAUCGUCUAGUGUUUUUGUGAAGCGUGCACUUGAAUUUCUACCCUCUCUCCUGUACGUGAGAGCUUUUUUUCAAAAUAUUGAUUGAACUUUACUGUGGAUUAAUUAAUUGGGUGUGGAUAUUGAAUAAGCUGGUGUAUAUAUGCGUA